UCUCGCCUCCACACAAGUGGCUUGCUUGCCGUCGUCGCUGAUCGAGCGCCGAUGUCGAGCUAGCUAAAGCCACACUCCAAGUCAAACAGGCCAGGAGAAGAGGCUGAUCGAGUGUCGAUCUCUGAUCGAGAUUGUCCAUCUCGAGCUACAGCGAAGGCCGGCCAUACGAACUCCAUCGCAGGUCAGGUCAAGAAGAGAAGCCGGCCAUGUCUCCGCGGCCGCACUUCCUCGUGCUCACCUACCCGCUCCAGGGCCACAUCGCGCCGGCGCUGCGCCUCGCCAGGCGCCUGCUCGCCGCCGCCCCCGACGCGCUCGUCACCUUCUCCACCACCGAAGCCGCCCACCGCCGCAUGUUCCCGGCGGACGCGCCGGACGGCGCCGACGACGCCCGCCUCGAGCUCCUCCCGUUCUCCGACGGCACGGAGACCGGGUACGUGCCGAGUAGCGACCACGCCGCGUUCAACGCCUACGUGGCGGGCUUCCAUGUCGCGGGCGCGCGCAGCGUCGGGGAGCUCGUGGACGCGCUCGCCGCGCGCGGCCGCCCCGUGACCCGGGUCGUCUACACGAUGCUCCUGCCGUGGGCCGCCGACGUCGCGCGCGAGCGGGGCGUCCCGUCCGCGCUCUACUGGAUCCAGCCCGCCGCCGUGCUCGCCGUCUACUACCACUACUUCCACGGCCACGCCGGCGUCGUGGCCGACCACCGCCAUGACCCGUCAUUCCUCGUGCGGCUCCCGGGCCUACCGCCGCUGGCCGUCCGGGACUUGCCGUCCUUCAUCACCGACUCCACCGACCCCUCGGACUUCUUCCACUCCAUCUACACCACCACCCGCGACCUCUUCGACGUCCUCGACAGGGAAACCCCCAAGGCGACGGUCAUCGUCAACACAUGCAAAGAACUCGAGACCGGCACGCUCGGCGCCCUGGUGGGAGCGUACGAGGUCCUCCCGAUCGGCCCGGUGCUUCCGGCCGGCGACGAGGCCGGCCUCUUCAAGCUGGAUGACGCCAAGUACAUCGAAUGGCUGGACGCCAGGCCGGUCAGCUCCGUGGUGUACGUCUCGUUCGGGAGCCUGGCACGGAUGGCCAAGGAGCAGCUCGACGAGCUGCUCCGGGGCCUCGAGGAGAGCGGGAGGCCGUACCUCUGGGUCGUCCGGAAGGACAACAAGGCGGAGCUCGCCGAGGCUGAGGCGCGGAUCAAGAACGGCAUGGUGGUGGAGUGGUGCGACCAGGUGCGGGUGCUCUCGCACGCGGCGGUGGGCUGCUUCGUCACGCACUGCGGCUGGAACUCGGCGAUGGAGGCCGUCGCGUGCGGCGUGCCCAUGGUGUGCGUGCCACAGAUGUCGGACCAGCGGAUGAACGCGUGGCUCGUCGAGUGCGAGUGGCGCAUCGGAGCGCGCGCGGAGGUGGGGAGCGACGGCGUGCUGCGCGCGGCGGAGGUGAGGCGGCGAGUAGAGGAGGUGAUGCAGGGGGACGCGCGGGUCGCGGCGGCGGAGUGGAAGCGUGCGGUCGUGGAGGCUCUUGGGAAAGGUGGCUCGUCAGAUCAUAAUCUGAGAGCUUUCAUGGAAUGCAUCACUAGUGACGUGCAAUGACAAAAUCAGGUCAUGUAUGAGAUUAUUCAGACUAAUCUACUGCAAAGAAGGGAAAUCAUUCGUCUCGUAGAUAUUGUUCCCA